ACUACAAUACUGAGACUGGCCCGGUAAAGGAGGGAGAAAAUGGCGCCAAUUUCCAGCUUUGGACUGCUUAUUGCACUUCUGUUUCAUUCAACUUCAUCCACAAAGGAUUCUUACGGCUGCGGCAAUAAGCCGGCCGAUGUGGAGUUUGUAUUGGACUCCAGCGGAAGUAUAAUGUACAGUGACUUCCGGAAACAGCUAAAUUUUACGGAAAACUUGGUGGACUUGUUCGACAUUGGACAAAAUAAAACCCGUGUUGGAAUGGUCAGCUUCAGUACCCAAGUUAUCCCAGAAUUCAAGUUGGGUGAAUAUAACGACAAAAAGGACAUAAAACAGAAGAUACGGAGUGUCUGGUACCAGGGGGGAGGAACAAACACGGGGAAGGCGCUGAAUUACGUCAGAACACAGACAUUUCCGGUCAAUGACGGGAGACCCAAUGUCCCUCACAUAGUCAUUGUCCUCACGGACGGGAUGUCACAAGACUUCCGGUACACAGUACAGGAAGCAGCGGCGGCGCACAAUCAAGGAAUCACUGUAUUUGUGAUUGGGAUUGGAGAUCAGGUUGAUGAAAAAGAACUAAAAGCAAUAGCGAGUAAGCCGACGGACAACUUCAUGUUUGAGAUAGACAAUUUCGACGCGCUCCAAACCAUUAAAGAUAAGUUAGCCAUCAGAACUUGCAAAGUUCCACCUGCUACUCCGCCCCCGCCUACACCGCCCGCCAUCAAUGAGGAUGCUGUUCUAAAUGGCAAUGCUCAUUGCAGUCCUGAAAUGCCAGUGGAAUUAAAAGUGGCGCUUGACACUGCUGCCAUCGGUAUAGAUAAUUCUAAAUUUAUCUUGCGAUUUAUUGCCGAGUUAUCUGACCGCCUUGACCUGCCACAGAGCCAUUCCGAGAUCGAAACCGUGACCAAUGGUUGUGCCACCCAGAGCCUUGGUGAUAUAACGUUUGGUUCCGGACAUGACCGUGAGAAGAUAGAAAAGUCGAUGACAGACACUACACAGGGUAUUUCCUCCAUGAUGCGGAGAUUGCGGCAAAGUUUUAGUAGAGGCAACCAGAGGAAGAAAGUGGGUGUUGUGUUCAUGGGGGAGACGCUGAGCAACGGGGAAUACAGAAAAGCUUUACGUGAAACUACACGCGCAUCUUUCAUGGGGAUAAAAUUAUUUGUGGUAGGGGUAGGUGAACGAGUUAGUACAAGACAGACUCAAGUUUUGGCAGCAAGCUCCAACCAAGCUUUCUUUGCCGAAUCCUACGACAGUUUGCAUUUUGUUGAAGGACCAUUGUUACUAAAAAUUUGCACACUAAAAUGAUUUCUGUGAUGUGAUAUUUAUAACAUUGUAAAACUGUUUUACAAUUUAUUUACAAGUACAUGUAAUCCCACUGCAUUCGUAUUCCUUUGGAUAUAGGGAU